GCGGGAGAUUCCAACAUGGCGGUGCAGCCGAAGGAAGCGCUGGUCAUGGACACAGCUGAGUGUAGCUUCGUCCGUUUCUUCCAGUCUAUGCCGGCGAAGCCGCUCACCACCGUGCGCAUCUUCGACAGGGGCGAUUACUACACCGCGCACGGCGAUGACGCGCUGUUGGCCGCCCGGGAAGUGUUCAAGACCCAGGCGGUCAUCAAGUAUAUCGGGGUGACUGGUUCAAAAAAACUGGAAAGUGUUGUUCUUAGUAAAAUGAAUUUUGAAUCUUUUGCAAAAGACCUCCUCUUGGUUCGUCAAUAUAGAGUUGAAGUUUAUAAGAAUAAAGCUGGGAGUAAGGCCACCAAGGAGAAUGAUUGGCAUGUGGCAUUCAAGGCUUCACCAGGCAAUCUUUCCCAGUUUGAAGAAGUUCUCUUUGGCAGCAGUGAUAUGUCAUGUUCCAUUGGUGGUGUAGGUGUUAAGCUGUCUAUUGUUGAUGGCCAAAGAUUAGUUGGGGUUGGGUAUGUUGACUCCAUACAGAGGAAACUAGGGCUGUGUGAGUUUCCAGACAAUGAUCAAUUCUCCAAUCUGGAAUCUCUGCUGAUUCAGAUUGGCCCAAAGGAAUGUGUGCUACCCGGAGGUGAAACUGCUGGGGACAUGGGAAAACUGAGACAGGUUAUUGAGAGAGGAGGAAUUCUGAUCACAGAGAGGAAGAAAACUGACUUUUCAGCAAAAGAUAUCAUUCAAGACCUCAACCGUUUGUUGAAAAGCAAAAAGGGAGAUCAAGUGAAUAGUGCUGUAUUGCCUGAGAUGGAGAAUCAGGUUGCAGUUUCAUCAUUGUCAGCUGUUAUUAAGUAUUUAGAACUUUUAUCAGAUGAUACAAACUUUGGACAAUUUGAACUGACUACUUUUGAUCUCAGUCAGUAUAUGAAGUUGGAUAAUGCAGCCGUCAGAGCUCUUAACCUUUUUCAGGGCUCUGCUGAAGACAAAAGUGGUACUCAGUCUCUUGCUGCCUUGUUGAAUAAAUGCAAAACACCUCAAGGCCAAAGACUGCUUAAUCAGUGGAUUAAGCAGCCACUACUGGAUAAGAACCGGAUAGAGGAAAGGUUAAAUCUAGUGGAAGCCUUUGUAGUAGAUGCGGAGCUGAGACAGAGUUUACAAGAAGACUUACUUCGACGUUUCCCAGAUCUUAAUCGAUUUGCCAAAAAGUUUCAGAGACAUGCAGCCAGCCUACAAGAUUGUUACCGAAUCUAUCAAGCCAUAAACCAGCUUCCUAAUGUUAUACAAGCAUUGGAAAAACAUGAAGGAAAACACCAUUCAUUGUUGUUGGCAAUCUUCGUAACACCUUUGACUGAUCUUCAUUCUGAUUUCUCCAAGUUUCAGGAAAUGAUAGAAACAACCUUAGAUAUGAACCAGGUGGAAAACCAUGAAUUUCUUGUGAAGGCAUCCUUUGAUCCUCACCUGACAGAGUUAAGAGAGUCAAUUACUAAUCUAGAAAAGAAGAUGCAGGCAUCUUUAACAAAUGCAGCAAGAGAGCUAGGCUUAGAACCUGGUAAACACAUUAAACUGGACUCCAAUGCACAACUAGGAUAUUACUUCCGAGUAACCUGCAAGGAAGAGAAAGUCCUUCGUAACAAUAAAAACUUUAACACAUUAGAUGUCCAGAAGAAUGGUGUCAAGUUUACCAACAGCAAAUUGGCUGCCUUCAACGAUGAGUACCUCAAAAUUAGAGAAGAAUAUGAGGAAGCCCAGGAUGCCAUUGUUAAAGAAAUUGUCAACAUCUCUUCUGGCUAUGUAGAACCAAUGCAGACAUUGAAUGAUGUAUUAGCUCAACUAGAUGCAAUUGUUAGUUUUGCUCAUGUAUCAAAUGGCGCACCUGUUCCAUAUGUACGUCCAGUCAUUUUGGAAAAGGGACAAGGGAAAAUCAUUUUGAAGGGUUCCAGACAUGCCUGUGUUGAAGUUCAGGAUGAAGUUGCAUUUAUUCCCAAUGACAUAUACUUUGAGAAAAAUAAGCAGAUGUUCCACAUUAUUACAGGCCCAAAUAUGGGAGGUAAAUCAACAUACAUUCGCCAAACUGGAGUAAUAGUUCUGAUGGCUCAGAUUGGCUGUUUUGUGCCAUGUGAGUCAGCAGAAAUGUCCAUUGUGGAUUGUAUCUUAGCCCGAGUUGGAGCAGGUGAUUGUCAGCUGAAAGGUGUAUCUACGUUCAUGGCAGAAAUGCUAGAGACAGCUUCUAUUCUCAGAUCUGCAACCAAAGACUCCCUGAUAAUCAUCGAUGAGUUAGGAAGAGGGACUUCUACCUAUGAUGGAUUUGGAUUAGCAUGGGCUAUUUCGGAGUAUAUUGCCACUAAGAUAGGUGCCUUCUGUAUGUUUGCUACUCAUUUUCAUGAACUGACAGCGUUGGCUGACCAAUUGCCAACAGUGAAUAAUCUACAUGUUUCAGCAUUAACUACUGAUGAGACAUUAACUAUGUUAUAUCAAGUAAAGAAAGGUGUCUGUGAUCAGAGUUUUGGGAUUCAUGUUGCAGAGCUUGCUAAUUUUCCUAAACAUGUAAUAGAGAAUGCCAAACAAAAGGCCCUUGAACUAGAAGAAUUCCAGCAUUUUGGAAAACCUCAAGAAUCUGAUGACACAGAACCAGCAGCCAAGAGAUGCUAUCAAGAAAAAGAGCAAGGUGAAAAAAUAAUUCAGGCAUUUCUGAACAAGGUAAAGGAAUUGCCCUUUGCAGAAAUGUCAGAGGAAGGUAUCAGAACCAAACUGAAACGACUGAAGGCUGAAGUGAUAGCACAAAAUAACAGUUUUGUGAAUGAAAUAAUUUCACGGUUAAAAGUUACUCCAUGAAAAACUUCAUAGUUUUUCAUAGUGGAAUGAACAAGUUUUGUAGAUUUUUUUUUUUUAAUUGUAGAAAGUCCCCACUGAUUAUAUUAAUGCUUUUGUAAGGUUUUAUAUUUUUCCCUUGGUGUUUUAGAAAUGGAUUCACAGAUUACUGAAUAAAACUUUAGUAUUAUGUUUCUUUAAAUCAUUUGUGUAGACACCUAUUUUGAAAAAUGAAAGUUUUAUAUAGAGGAAUUGAUAUAGAAUUGGAAGGGGAUUCAUAGUCCAACCUCUGCAUUACAAAGAAGAAGAAGAAGAUGAUGAAGACGAAGAGUUAGAGAGAGCCCAAGAUGUUGAAUUAUCCAAAAACAGCAAGCACUACCCCUGCUGCAGUGUGAACAAGAUACACAGCGCCAAGCACCGUUGCGCUGAGCCAGAGUGGGAUAGUUAGCCCUCAACAUAAAACAUCCUAAAUGCCUUUCAGACAAUCAAAAAAAUGAUUUGACUGUUGAGUUCAAUUAUAAUGGUAUUAAAGACUUUUUGAAAUUCUUUUUGUUUGGGCAGUAAAGUACAGGACAUGUGGUCCUGGGAAGAUCAUGUGAAGUUUUGUAUACUUUAGUAUAGUAUAAGCUUUUCUAAAAAAACACAUUAUGCAUAAUAAUCACAGAAGCACAGACUAUGAACUUGCAGUUAUGCAAAGAGAUGAAAACUAGUUGAUCCCUUCAAUACACACCAGGUGGUAAAUAUUUAACAAGCCCCUGGCACAGAUGGCAGUUCCUCAGAAUUGAAGAAACUUAUAAAAACAAGUCCUUUAUCAACUUAGAGUAUAGUAAGCUAAACAUGAUAUCUAGAGAUACAUUUAUAACUCCUCCAUUUUACAUAUAAGGUGAUAAAACCCAGAGAGGUGUGAGACAUGCCUAAUGUCAUACCCUGAAUCUGUGGCAGAAGCAGCACUUAGAACCAGGUCUUCCAGCGAUCAUUCCAGUGUUCUUCCUAUUUAUUAUCCAUUACUUCUUGAAGUGACUUGUUUUCUGCUCAGAUCUAAAUGUUGACUAAUCAUGUCAGUUAGGCAAAGGUAACAAAUAACCCAGUGCUUCUAGUUCCACUGUCAAUUUUCCAGGCUUUACAAACUUCAAUGAAGUUGGCAAGUAGACAUAUACAUAUCUGCCUUUUGCCAUUCUUGUUUGACUUCUUUGAGAGUGUAUUUUGCUACUUAUGAGCAAUAUUAACUGACUAUUUAGUUAGACUGAAAUUUAUGGCCAUAAUAGAACUUGUUAAUUGUUUGAUAGAUUUUCUAUGGAUUUAAUUUUCCAUGUUGUCCUUUCCCAUUAUUAACUAUGGAUGAUGCUAACACUGAUUUUACUAUCUGGAUAGUACAAGCUAUGUAACUGGGGAAUAGAGCAGACUUGUAAAUAAUGUAUUUUUUAAAAAAUGUUUUUGAAAAAUUGUACUUCUGAAAGGCAGAGUUGACUAUCAGUAUACAUUUAAAAAGCGAUGAGAAUUUUGAGCUUAAAAUUCUAUUUAAAUAGUCUGUCUUUUGGUACUGACAAAAGGAGUCUUGUUUAGCUCUCUGUGAGUGAAAACAUGGUUAAAAUUAAAAUCAUCUUGUAGCUUUAAUUGCUGGUGCUCAAAAAAAUUGUGGUGCUUUGAUUCCAAGGACAAAAUUUGCAAGGCAGUAAGCUCUGGUAAAUCAACCUGCUUUCAGUUCUAUAAAGAAGAUUUACUGUCUAGUUUUGAGACACUUUGAAAACGAAAAGGCACAUAAUAGACCUGCUUAAAACCUUUCAGAGACCCAAGCUUUAUUUAUUUUGUGAAUAUGCUAAUGAGUUAACUGAGACCUUCAAUUAUAAUGGGUACUUUAUAUUGGAAUCACAUGUGUAAAACAGAAGAUUUACCAAUUUGUGACCUUGUCAUGGACAGCUUGUGUUUUAUUUUAAUUGUAAUGUACUUCAAGCUCCCCCUAUCACCAUCUGCAACAACAACAGAAUGGUACCCAAAAUACAGAUGUUAUUCAAAAUUCAGGACUAAACUGUGCUGUUAUUACCAAGAAAGCUGGGGACCAUUUACCAGAAUCUUUGUGAAAAGACUUUUUCCUCAUUCACACUACGUGUUUUCAGAAACUUGGCUCUGAGAUUCCAUUAGAGAUGCAAUAUCUUUUUGUAAAUGGUGUUCUCUGCUCUUUUCUCCCUUUCUCUCCUUAAAGAUGCUAUUUAGAGAGAAAAUGUCUUUUGGGUAAAAGAGACCUUUGUUACAAAGCACAAUGUGUUUUGAGGCACUGUAUACUUAUUUGGGGGCACAAUUUUUUUUUGUUUAUCUCAGAGUUCCAUGUAUAUUAAAGGCACCUUGUGAGGCUUCUUGAGUAUUAAAAGCAUCUUGAUCUUUCUGUAUUUAA